AUGGCUCUGGAGAGCGGACAUAGGGAGCUGCUGUUGAACACGCUGAAGGAGCUGGGGGAGAAAGACUUCGAGGAAUUCAGGUUCUAUACGGACCUGCCUCUAAGCGUACGGGAAAAGGACCGCCGGGCGUACAUUGCUGACGAGCUGAUAAAGAAGCAUGGCGAGAACACUCUUGACCAGACCAUCAUGCUUCUGGAGGAGAUCGGGAACAACAAUUUGGCCCAUAACCUGCGCAGUGAAAGACUGAAGAUAAAAGGCGCCGACUUCUCCGUCCACGAUGACGAUCAGAUUGCCAGAUUGAAGAGGGAGCUCCAAGACAACCUGCGGCCUUUAUACAGGUUUGCUUCUGAGGGCAACAUCGAGCGCAGGCAGCAGCAGCCCCUGGAGGACGUCUACACGCAGCUAGACGUCACCUACGGGGCAGACGUCAGCCCAGAGGGGCGGCACGAGGUCCUCCAGAUGGAGACGUGUGACGCCGCGGGCAAGCGAUCUAUCCUGCCGUGCGACAUCUUCAAAAGCCCCGACGGGAACCGGCGACCGAUACGCACGAUGCUCACCGUCGGCUUCGCGGGAAUAGGAAAAACCUUCCUGAUUCAAAAGUUUGUGUCAGACUGGGCCAGCGGUAAUACUAACCAGGACGUGGACUUCAUAUUUCCUUUCACUUUCCGCGAGUUAAACAUGGAGAAAGGGGAGAGCUUUACGUUGGCCGAACUGAUCCAAACUUUUGCCUACGGAGACAGUCACAUGCGCGAGAGACUGAACGAGAUAUUUAUCUAUCUGCAAACUUCUGGGAAGCAGGACUUUGAAAGCAGCGGGAUUAAGAUCUUGUUUAUCCUCGACGGACUGGACGAGUGCAACUUCAAAAUCGACUUGAAGAAAGUGAGGAAAGUGGACAUGGAUGUGAGGGAAACCUACCCGCUGGAGGUACUGCUGGCGUAUCUCAUCAAAGGGAAUCUGCUUCCUUGUGCCCGGGUUUGGAUUACCACGCGACCCGCGUCGGCCCCCGAUAUCCACUCCGACUUUAUCGACAGCCGAACAGAGGUGAGAGGAUUCACCGAUUCUCAGAGGUUGGAGUACUUCAGGAAAAGGUUCCCAAAUAAGGAGCACGUCAUUGAGCACAUUCGGAAAUCUCGCACCAUCUACAUCAUGUGCCACAUUCCCAUUUUCUGCUGGCUCACCGCAAUAGUUCUUCAGGAUCAUUUGGACAAAAGGAAGGAGGGAGAGCUUCCCACAACGCUGACUGACAUGUACUCAGCGCUAAUAGGUCAUCACCUAGAAAACUCCGAGGAGAGAAAUACAGCGGAGUACAUCCCUGACAUGAAAGCGCUCGCCAAGCUGGCAUUUGACCACACCAUGAAUAACUGUCAGAUCUUCUACGAGAAGGACCUGGCGGACAGCGGUUUUGAUUACGGCCAAGCUGCAAAACACUCUGGAAUAUUCACUGAGGUCUUUAAGGAGGUCCCUCCGCUCAGGAGAAAGAAACAGAAGAUGUUUCAGUUCAUUCAUCUGACCAUCCAAGAGUAUCUGGCUGCAUUGUACGUGAUGAUGAGCCUCUUCCAGGACAAAAAGAACAUAUUGGAUGAUUCAGUAUGGAAAAAAAUAUUCAUGCCUUUUAAGCAGAAGACAAUCACUGAGGUCCACAAAUCAGCUCUGCAAAAAGCCUCAGAAAGUGAAGGAAACCUGGACAUGUUCCUCCGCUUCCUCCUAGGCCUUUCCUUGCCAUGCAACCAGGAACUAGUGGGGGAACUGCUGCAGGCUCCUCAGGACUGCGGGCAAAGCAAGUCAAACACAGUCGAGUUGAUCAAGGAAAGGAUCAAACAGAACACUCCAGAAAAGAAUGUCAACUUGUUCUACUGCCUAAACGAGCUGAAGGACGACUCCUUGCUGAAGCAGAUCCAGCAGGAAUUAGCUUCAAGACGUCUGUCCUGGGAUCAAAUGUCAAAUGAAAUGUGGUCAGCCCUGGCCUUCUUCUUACUUACGGACGACAAAACCAUGAAGUCCUUUCAUCUUGCCAACUACUCCGGAUCGCCUUUGGGGCUCGAAAAGCUGCUGUUGGUGGUCAAGGCUUCUCAAACAUCAGAUCUAAGACACUGUCGCCUGGACAAAGGCAGCUGUCACCUGCUGGCUUCCGUUCUCAGUUCUCCAUCCAACCUGAGGCAUCUGGACCUGAGCUCGAACCAUCUGUCAGACGAGGGAGUCGAGAUCCUCUCAAAAGGACUGGUCAGCCCACACUGCAACCUAGAAGUCCUCAAGCUGAAAAACUGCAAGAUCACCAGUAAAGGAUGUGUUUCAUUGGCUGAGGCACUGAAGGUAACCCCCUCCCAUCUUCUAGAGCUAGACCUGAGGUGGAACAAUCUGUCGGAUGAAGGGGUUGAGAUCCUCUCGAAAGGACUGGCCAGCCCAAACUGCAUCUUAAAAGUCCUCAAUCUUCAAGAGCUGGACCUGAGCUACAAUGUUUUGUGGAAUGAGGGGGUUGAGAUGCUCUCGAAAGGACUGGCUAGCCCACACUGCAUCUUAAAAGUCCUCAAGCUGGUGGAUUGCAAUAUCACACAGCAAGGAUGCAUUUCAUUGGCUGAGGCACUGAAGGUAACCUCUUCCCAUCUUCAAGAGCUGGAACUGAGCUUCAACGGAUUAUCAGAAGAGGGGGUCGAGAUCCUCUCGAAAGGACUGGCCAGCCCACACUGUAUCUUAAAAGUCCUCAAGCUGUUAAAGUGCAAGAUAACAGGUGAGGGAUGUGUGUCAUUGGCUGAGGCUCUCAAGUUAAACCAUUCACAUCUUGAAGAGCUGGACCUCAAGGGCAAUCAAAUAGGAAAAAGAGGAGCGAGGGUCUUAUUGGAGAUCAAGGAGGAUCCCAGCUAUAGCCUGAAGACUGUCUGGUAG